AUGGGAGUCAAAGGUCUAAACCAAUUAAUUAAAGAGCAUUCACCCUCUGCAUUCAAAGAAUUCCAAUUAAAAAAUUUAUUUGGUAGAAAAGUUGCCAUUGAUGCAUCAAUGUGUUUAUAUCAAUUUCUUAUAGCAGUUAGACAAUCAGAUGGUCAACAAUUAACAAAUGAAGACGGAGAAACAACAUCACAUUUAUCAGGUAUAUUUUAUAGAACUAUUAGAUUAGUUGAAAAUAAUAUAAAACCAGUUUAUGUAUUUGAUGGUAAACCACCAGUUUUAAAAGGAGGAGAAUUAGAAAAAAGAUUAUUACGUAGAGAAGAAGCUCAAAAACAAAUGGAUCAAAUUAAAGAUGAUGGUACAGUUGCAGAAGUUAUGAAAUUUGAAAAAAGAUUAGUCAGAGUAAGUAAAGAUCAAAAUGAUGAAGCAAGAAAAUUAUUGGAACUUAUGGGUAUUCCUAUUGUUGAUGCACCAUGUGAAGCAGAAGCUCAAUGUGCAGAAUUAGCUCGUGGUGGGAAAGUUUUUGCUGCAGCUUCUGAAGAUAUGGAUACUUUAUGCUAUGAACCACCAUAUUUAUUAAGACAUUUAACGUUUUCAGAAGCAAGAAAAAUGCCAAUUGAUCAAAUCACUUAUAAAGAAGCAAUAGAAGGAUUAGAUAUGACAAAAGAUCAAUUUAUUGAUUUAUGUAUAUUAUUAGGUUGUGAUUAUUGUGAAACUAUAAAAGGUGUUGGUCCAGUUACUGCUUAUAAAUUAAUAAAAGAACAUGGGUCCUUAGAUAAUAUCGUUAAAUUUAUAAAUGAAAAUCCAGAUAAAACAAAAUAUAAAGUACCAGAAAAUUGGCCAUAUGAUGAAGCAAGACAACUAUUUUUAAAACCAGAAGUAACAGAAGCUAGUGAAGUUGAAUUAAAAUGGAAAGAACCAGAUGUAGAUGGAUUGAUUGAGUAUAUGGUUAAACAAAAGGGUUUCAGUGAAGAUAGAAUUAAAAGUGGAGCAGAAAAAUUGAAAAAAGGUUUAAAAGCAGGAGUUCAAGGUAGAUUGGAUGGGUUUUUUACAGUUGUUUCAAAACCAAAACCAAAAGAAGAUCCAAAAGAUAAAAAAAGAAAAGCAAAUGACAAAAAGGGUGGAGCUUCAAAAAAGAAAAAAAAAUAA